CAACAACAAUACAUGUAGCCAUCAUCCAGCCUGCGAUGGAUUCGCAGCUGCUCAAAGGUCUCAAUGUAGCCCAGAAAGCCGCCGUCACCUCACAGGCAUCCGUACUGCAGGUUCUGGCUCCUCCAGGUUCCGGCAAAACCAAAACACUCACAUCCCGCGUCGCAUACCUCAUCGCCCACCAUGGCCUCGACCCCAGAAAUGUCAUUUGCUGCACCUUCACCGUCAAGGCAAGUCGAGAGAUGCGGGAGAGACUCCGGGAACUGGUCGGGACCGACCUUGAGUCGAAAUUGGUCAUGGGAACCUUCCACUCGAUUUGCCGACGAUACUUGAUAGCUUAUGGCCAUUUGAUUGGUUUGCCCAAACAAUUCGGCAUUGCAGACAACACUGCUAGCAAAUCCAUCAUCAAACGCGUGAUAAAACGACUUCAACUGUCUCUCGACUACAAGAAGGUCAAGUCGAAGAUCUCGAGCCAUAAAGCAAAGGGCGAGAGCUGUGAAGACUUGGCAAAGACCAAACCCAAAACUAAGGGAAACGAUCAUUACGAUUUUGUGGCUGCAUUUAAAGAGUACCAGAGUGACCUCGAUAAGUCACAGCUUCUUGACUACGAUGAUCUACUUCUACGGUGUGUCGAACUUCUUCGGGCUUACCCAAAGUGCGUCUCCAACAUAGAAGCCUUAUUGAUCGACGAAUUUCAAGACACAAACGUCGUGCAGUUCGAGUUGAUGAGGCUCUUGGCAUGGCACAAGCGCAGAGUCACAAUCGUUGGAGAUCCUGAUCAAAGCAUCUACGGCUUUCGUGCAGCUGAGAUCGAGAACUUGAACCGCAUGAAGACAGUUUACCCAGAAACUGUGGUCAUCAAUCUCGAGGAGAAUUAUCGUUCAACCUCAUCCAUCCUGAUGCUUGCACAGGAUAUCAUCGAGCAAGACAAAGAUCGACCACAGAAAUGUUUAAAGGCCACGCAUUGUCACGGGACGAAGCCGGUCCUUAGACGUCUUCCGAACCCUAACGAGGAAGCGUUGUGGAUUGCCAGCGAAAUCAAGCGAACCAUCACCAUGACUGGUGGGCUCCUUCACCGCUCGGACAUUGCUAUUCUAAUCAGAUCUGCUUACCUAUCACUGUUGAUUGAAAGAGCACUGGCAAAGUCGGGAAUACCUUAUCGAAUGGUGGGCGGCCAACGUUUCUUCGACCGCGUUGAAAUCAGAAUCAUUAUCGAUUAUCUUCGCACUAUCAGCCAUCCAGACAAUGAUGAAGCAUUCUUAUCCAUCAUUAAUGUACCCUCGCGCAAGAUUGGAGAGACUACAAUCGCGGAGCUUGCAAAGGUUGCCAAAGACCGAAAGAUCUCUCUUUGGGCUGUCGCGCAGAAAGCCAUUUCAGGAAGAAUUUCGUUGCAGAAAAAUCUGUCGAAGCCUGCUGAGCAAGAGCUAGGACGACUAGUGAAGCUUGUCAUGCAAGCACGUCACAAAGUCGAGACGGCAUUGCCUGCAAAUGUGCCAAGUCAACUCAUAGAUCUCGUGGUCAAGUCGAUCGAUUUCGAGAAUUAUCUGAAGACCAAAUACGCAGAGGACCACGAAGAGCGAUUGGAAAACUUGAAAGAGUUGAUUGUACAAUCAUCCGAUGUCACAAUGAUUGUAAAUCCCGAGGACCAACUUGCGACAAUCGACGGCCUGGAACAACGGUUGGGCAACGGGGGAGAUGAAGUUCUUGCACAAUUUCUGGCCAACAUUGUUCUCUCGUCAGACCCCACCGAAAGCGAAGAAGAUCGUGAUAUGUCUCGUGUCACUAUAUCCACUAUUCACUCUGCAAAAGGUCUCGAAUGGCCAGUAGUGUUUCUCCCAGCGCUUUACGAGGGGUCGAUCCCCCAUUCACGAGCUGAAAACACUGAUGAAGAACGUCGUUUGCUUUAUGUUGCAGUAACACGGGCACAGGCUCUUCUAACCAUGACUUUCCCUCUCGAACAGUCUCGCGACCGACUUGAAUCCUCACUCUCGUCGUUUCUUCCUACGGAAAUCAAGCGACAUCUUGUAGAGAAGGGUCCCCUGUUCGAUGAUGCAACGAUUACCGACAUUGCUAGGACUCUUUGCCGUCCUAUCCCAUCGCAGGAGCAACUGGCUCGGAGCCUGGCGACCAUUGAUGCUAGGGACAGUGUAGCUGAUGACCGAUGGCCCGUCGAUGGUACUCAUCGUCCAAUGCCAAUGGCCAUCUCGGAGAAUAGUGCAAUGCCAGAACCUGGCCUACCCUUAGCAGAGGCACUUGCUCGAGCGCGGGAACAGCGCUUUGACUCACACUCGUCAGCUAAAUCCUGGCAUGACAAGAAGAUGACUACGAUGAAUGAUCCUCAGUCAUUUUCGACUUCGACUAUGACCAUGGGGUUUACCACAGCCCGACAGCAUCUUAACACCGUGCCACCCGAACUAUCACGAACAUCAUCAGACCCCUUGCCACCGACCAAGAAACCUAAGCUGGUCAAAUCAGCAUCUGGGCAGGGCAAUAUUGCUGCAUUUUUCUUGAAACCAGGACAAGCAUGCGCCCAGCCUAGUCGAUCUAGUCCACCACGGGCGAAGAAGUUCUCUCCACCACCAGUAAGAGAGCCCUUACUACCAUCGGCACCUCCAUCAUUCACACGGACGACCACGGUUAUACCCGAGAAGGGCAUACCCGAAGAAUUCUCCUCUCAUCGAUUACACUUUCGAAAUGGCAUGGUCCAGAGCAAACCCUGUCCGCUGAGUGAGACAAGCGCCAACGCAACCAAACGGAAGGGCUACGGCGGUUUGUAUAGCUCUUCCCCUCCUCCGCCUGAUUUUGAAGAGACACACAAAGCAUGUGAGGACAAGACAGUUGAGAACAAGCCAAGCACCUUCGCUCAGAAACCCAGUCCAACAAACAGGACGAACGCAGUCGCUGCACCACUGACAGACUAUAUUCUUUCGAAACCAGCGAGCACAAUGCACGUGACAAGCAUGGCGGCCCUGUCGCGAGUUGGAUAUUCUUCAACGGGGUCGAGAAAAACGCUUGGGGUUCGUCGGACGAUGAACGGUUGGGAAAAUCGAAAGAACAAGUAGAUAAAUGGGUAGGAGGGUUUGACAAGGGAAUUAUUCUUACACUGUUCUGGUACUUGUACAGGUUAUUUGAUUUUGAUCUGGUUCGGGUUACCCUUGGAAAAGAAGCUAAGCUACAUGGCGUCGAGUUCGCUGCGCACUGAUACCCCUGACCUGUUGUUUUCGUUGAUAGAGUUUGGGCGAAUUUUACCUUUGUUGGCAUGGCUUUCGCAAUUGCGGAGACGAAAACAUGGACUUUGUUGGGUCACUCUACUUGUAGGACUAUCAAUG